CAUAGCACCAGCAUCGAGCCCAGAUCACGUUUUGGUUGGAGCGAUUGAGUCUGUCCGUGUGCAGCAUGCUGGAUGCUCUGCGUGCCGUGUGGGCCGAGAUUGGACUCGACGUGGCCGACCAAGAGGCUGAGCUCGACCGCCAGCUCCACGAGUUUUACCAGUACAAGCUCAUGGACGCGAACAACACCAAGGGCCAGUACCUCGACGACAUUGCGUCCAUGCAAGAAGACAUGGCGACGUUUGUCCGACAGCUUGGAGAACCGUUCGAGGCUCCAACCAAGGGACCACCUCCUGGCACGCUCAAGGAGCAGGAGGCGCAUGUUCGCCGAGACUACGACGUGCUAAAAAAGGCAGUGGACGACCGAACGACGGUGCUCUCGGCCGUGUUGAAGGAGCUCUCGUCCAUCCAAGCGUUGAUGGGCGAAGCGCCCGAGGCACCCCCGCAGCCGCUGGAUUUGACGACCACGGUGCUUGACAAGUGUAAAGAGGCGCUCCGCAUGAAGAAGAUGGAGCAAGCGCAGCGCCGACAAGCGAUUCUCCACGUCGCGACAGAGUAUCGCAGCCUGGUAGACCAACUCAAGCUCGUGGACCUGACCGACUUUGACCGGUCCAUCAUCACCAACGUCGAGGCGCUUGGGCAGUCGCUGAACCUCAUCGAGCUCAUGUCGGCCCGCAUUGCCGACCUCACACGUCUUCGAGCGGAACGUGAAGCGGCGAAGACAUCGGCGAUGGCGCAAAUUCGGGUCUUGUGGGAUCGAUUGAAGGUGUCGCCAAACGAGCGCGACGAGUUUCUGGAUGCGUGCCAAGGCAUCAGCGCGGACAACCUACGGCAGGCCGAGGACGAGCUUGCACGGCUACAGCAGCUCAAACGAGCUCGGCUCGGAGACCUUCUCCUCGACGUGCGCGGUCACAUUCGUGAGCUGUGGUCGGUGUUGGAAGUGAAUGAUUUGGCCGCCGCCACAAUGUUCCCAGCGAUGCAAGUGGCAACUACCGACGCGACCGAUGAGCUCUUGGUCAUUCACGAAGACGAGCUCAAGCGGUUGGAUGCCCAGGCCACGGCACGGAAGGCGCUGCUCAAGUACAUUGAAAAGCGCGAAGAAAUUAUCGACGACCGCAGCCAGUACGAAGCAUCGCUCAAGGGCCCGACCCGCCUCAUCGGACGCCAGACUCGCGACACGGGGCGCCUCCUCCGUGAAGAGAAGCUCCAGGCAAAGAUCAAGCACGAUUUGCCCAAGCUGACCAAACUCCUUCUCGAUAAAUUGCCUGCGUGGGAGGGCGAAUUCGCCUCGCCGUUUCUAGUCCGUGGCGAGCGGUACCUGGACACGAUCGCACGGGUGGAUGCCGAGUACUCGAAGCAGAAAGAACUCGACCGACUUGAAAAGGACCGACUGAAGCGGGAAAAGAAAGCCGUCGCCACGGAUGAUAAACUUGGGGUGUCUACACCCAAGCCGAAAUGGUUGGCGAGCAAGGGGGGCCCGCCUGCCCUGACCAAGCGCAUGAGCUGUCCAAACCAGUUGUCGGCCGCGGAGCCGCCGCCGUCGCCACUAGUCGUGCACAACGCUGUCGCGCUCGCGCGAGACUCGUCCAAGACCAAGCUCGUCGGCCCGGAAACGUGACCACGCACGCGCGGGUGUCCCACUGCCUCGAAACCAGUCCGCUUCCACACAUCGAUCCACUCAGCAUGCAAAAAGCACACCAUCCCAACAAGACAUGUGCAGGAAAUGCUACACGCACACACAAAACAGCGUGUUCACGUCACCAUGUACAUGGCUCUAGACGUCGUCGUCGUCACUGGUCGGGCUCGCGAUCGACUCGUCCGUCCGAUGCUCCUUUUGCCACACACACAGCUUGCCAUAAAAGUCGGGGGAGACGAGGAUCGGUUUGUGCGGGUGCCACCGCACGUCCCGAGUGACUCCUUGGGACGGGAGCUCGAGGCGGUCGACGACGUUCGCCGUCAGGACAUCGUACACGACAACCUCGCCUUCCGCCGAUCCAGAGUAGAUGUACCGUUGCCCGGUGGAAUGCACGGGCGAAAAGUACACUCGGAUGAGGGUCUGCUUGACGGCAUGCCCUCGAUACGUCAACACGGACUGGUCCUGCGGAUGCGCUUCGUCGUCGACGCCUUCAAAGUUGCCAGGGUAUUCUUCAAACCGGUAGUCCCACUGGAACUGCGGCAACGUGCGAUGGAUCUUGGACUCGUCCGUUAAACACUUGCGAACGUCCCACAGCUUGGCGGUUUGGUCCUUGGCGUUCGAGACAAAGUAGAUUCCGUCGUCGCGCGAGCUCAUGUGCGUGAUACCGUCCGUGUGCCCUACGAAAACAAAUGGUCAUGACAGAACGACCGCCGACACGCCUCCCACCCACGAAGACGCCUUGGGGCUUGGCGUCGGCCAUGACGCGGCGGUCCCACAGCUUGAUCAGGCAGUCGUCCGACCCGCUCACAAACACAUUCGACGACCCAUCCACAAACGUGAUCGCGUUCACGUCGUUGUCAUGGCCGACUAAAUGGCACACAGACGUGUUGGUUGUCAUGUCGUGCAGCACAACGCUGUUGUUCGUCGUGCCCGCGAGGAAUUCGGUCCCAGCUGCAUUCACGCCACGCCAAAGUUGAUGGACAUGCGGCGUCGCUGCGCGCGGGACCCGCUCGAAAAAGUUGACUGCGACUCGGCAAGGCUGAACGCGCUCUUUGCCUUCCUUCGUCACCAUGCGGACGAUGCUCGUGAUUGACGAGUACACGACAGCGUGCGCAUUCGGGGUGAAGUGCGCGUCCGUGACAGUCCACCGGACAUCGCGCACUGGCAGUGCGUCCUUUCGUUUCCAUGAGUUGGUGUCGUAAAUGAACACUUCUUCGUUCUGCCCCGCAACCAUGAACGAGUCGCCGUCCGCACUAAACUCGCCGCAAUACAGCCUGGACCGAAGGUCAUCCACAUUGCAAGCGUUCCCAUUCUCCCUCAAGGGGAGGAAUGCUUCGUUGACAGCAAGAAACUCGGCAGGUCGCAACUCGCCACGUCGUUCGCGCUGAGUUAAAUGGGCGAAGAGUCCACUGCCGCGCAGUCCUCGAGACUUGAACCCAUGCAAGGGGCGGUGAAUGCGAUGUCGUUCCAAGGAUAGUCCGAGGUCACAUCGUUCCAAGACGCUGGCCCAAAUGCGCGCCUUUCGAAUCUCUCGUCGUUGCUUCCGCUCAAGCGGAGACACGUACUCGGUCGCGGCCAUCGUGUCGUCAGGGGAUCGAUCCGAAGUCCGUCGAAG